GUUGAAAGAGUUCUGUCAACGUUGAUAUCAUGUUUUGGGCAUACAAAAAUCCUCCACCUGCACACCUCUUCCUGAUAUUGAGUGAUAUAGGUUUUGCUGGCUUAUUACACCGGAUAAGCUUGAAUAAUUACAAUAUCUUGCUCGCUGUCUCAACGAAUGCUCCUGUUCUCUCCACGGAAGCAACUAUAACGUGGCAAUGGUAUAAAUUGCUUAAGGGAGAAAAUCUUAUUGGAAAACAUUUCAACCAUCCUCCGGAUGAUCCAUAUGGUUCUUGGUAUGGAAACUUUAGGGUGCCCCUUGAAAACCCAUUCCCAGCCAAAACUAAACCAGAUUCCUUAAAAAUGAGUUCUAAAGGCUCAUCUGAUGAUGACAUUGUUGGGUCUGAGGAUGCGAGUCGUAAAAGUCAGGAAAGAUACACAACUUCAAUGAAUCGCUCUGCUGGAAAUGAUCAGACAACAGUGGAUGACAUUGGUACUGCAAACUAUGAAUCUGGAAAUUUUAGAGCAAGGGACAAAUGUGUGAAUCCAACUAGAAAGGAGGUUGAUGAUGUUUGUCACAGCCCAUAUGCUUUUCAAGUUGAUGACUGUCUGGUUGAUAAAAAAACUGGUGGAAGUGAUGAAACAUAUAGGAAAGGUCCAACAUUCUUUGGCUGGAUCAGAAGCCAGUGGCAAUUUUGGAAAGGCAAUGCAAAAUCUGGUGAUUCAACUGCUCAUCAGAACAAGGUGGUUAAUCAUUUUGAGGAUUCUAACUCAUCUGAACUGGUAGACCAGACAGUCCAGACUGUUAGUGAUUUUGAAGAUAAGUCAUCAGAACUGGACCAGAAUGCUAUUUGUUCUGGAAAGCCUGAGUUGUUUUCUAGCAGUUCCAUUUGGGAUGACAUGGAAUCUUUUAUUUUCACCCGCAGAGGAUCAGUUAUUGUUUACGAGUCAAAAAACAGGGAGGAUAUGGCACGUAAAUUAUGGAAGAAUGGACCCCCAGUUUUUAGAUCUCUGUCUAAAAAAGAUAUCCUUCAAUUGUUGGAGUUAUUAAUAUCAGAAAAAAAGUGGUUGGAGGAAACCCCCACCCAAACAUUUCCUUUUCAGUUUGACUCAGUGAAAUAUAUAGUGAGGUUAUAUGGGUCUAGAUAUGAUAUGUUAAAAGAUUGUGAGAAACUUGUAAGGGAGAUAUUGAGGGAACACCCAGAUGGUUUUAGAAUCAGUUCUUUUCCAAGAUUUUUUGUUGUUAGGUAUGGCUAUCAUCUUGAUUUAGAGGAGCUUGGUUACCGAAAGUUGACAACCUUACUACAGAUGAUGUCGGGAGUUAAAGUAGAGUCCAAUUAUAUUUAUAGUUCCCACCAAAGAUGGUAGCACGGAAUCUCCAUGGGAGGAAUUCGGUCCCGUUUCUGUCCACAAUUCCAACCAGAGUAAUCUGGAGUCAGAAUUAAGUCAGAAAGCCAUGGAACUGCUUGCAUCAAAGUGUCCUGAUUAUGAUCCUAUAGUCUCAGGCAAUUCUCUGGUUGACAAGGAAUUGCAGUUUUAACUGGCCAUGGUUCUUUAUAUCAAUUAGAUGUUCAGAAUUACUAUUAUAUUUUGGUUUAGUUAUUAUUUGCAACUAUUGUUAAGUCUUUUAGCUGUAGCCUGAUAUUUCUAGUUUCUCUUUUAUAUUUUAACAUAUUCUUUUUUUUUUCUUUCCAAAAGGGCACAUUGACUGCAUUAUCUAAAACAAUAAGUUGGUGUUUUGAUUUUCU